AUGCGUGCCUCAGUAGCCUUGACUCUCGUCUGGCUUCUGGCUGAUUCUGCGCUUGGCGCUCCUUGGACAGCCAAGAAGGCGCAGCGUACACACAAUCCUUACAUCGGACGACGUGAUGGCGCAAACGCCACGAAUGAGAACUAUGACUAUGUCGUCGUGGGCUCAGGUCCCGGCGGUGGUCCUGUCGCGGCGAACCUGGCAAUAGCAGGAUACAAGGUCUUGCUCGUCGAUGCAGGAGGUGAUUCAGGUGACGAUCUGAUGGAAAGUCUUCCAGCUUUGCAUCUCUUCUCAACCGAGUUCGAAGACACGAGAUGGAACUAUUUCGUGAACCACUACUCGGACCUCGAUCGCCAAGCAAAGGACUCCAAGAUGACAUACGAGCUCCCCGACGGGAGCUUCUAUGUUGGACUUGACCCUCCUGAGGACGCAACCCCAUUGGGAGUGUGGUAUCCUCGAGCUGGCACCCUGGGUGGAUGUUCUCGCCACAAUGCUCUCAUCAGCAUCGGUGCGCACGACAGUGACUGGAAAUACAUCUCCGACCUCACGCAAGACUCCACUUGGAGCCCUGAAACCAUGCGAUCUUAUUUCCAAAAGAUCGAAAAGAACGAAUACCUGCCAAGUAGCAUUGUCGGACAUGGAUUCAGUGGAUGGCUCACAACAUCUCUCACCUCCCUCUCGCUUGUGGUCGAGGAUCAGAAGCUCCUGUCACUUAUUCUCUCGGCUGCCACAGCAGUCGGCCAAAGUGUCGUCGAAUCUGUGCUCACCACCGUAACCGGUCUGGCACAUGUUCUCUUGGAGGACAUCAAUGCGCCUGGUGAGGCGAGCAACACCGGCCUUUACCAGGUGCCCCUGUCCAUGAAAGACAACGUCAGGGGUGGUCCACGAGACUUUAUACUCGAGACGGCAGAGGCAGUGAACUCUGAUGGAUCUCGAAAGUAUCACCUGGAUAUCAAGCUGAAUACCCUGGUUACCAAAGUUCGCUUCGACACCGAUGGAACAACUCCUCGCGCCGUUGGUGUUGACUACUUGGAAGGCUCGUCACUGUACCGCGCAGAUCCCCGAUCCGGAUCGGCUUCCGAAACUGGGUCUGGUAGCGUCAACGCCUCCCGGGAGGUCAUCCUGGCUGCAGGUGCUUUCAACACUCCCCAGUUGCUGAAGCUCAGUGGCGUCGGGCCGAAGUCAGAACUGGAGUCGUUCGACAUCCCCGUCUUGGUUGACCUUCCUGGUGUCGGAACCAACAUGCAAGAUCGUUAUGAGGCCACCGUCAUCGGCAAGACGGACAGCGACUUCGCGAUUACAUCCAAGUGUACCUUCUUACAAAGCACACCUGACGCGUGUCUCGAAGAUUACCAAGCCGGCUUCGAGCCCGUUACCAAGGGCGUCUACGGCACGAACGGAAUCGCCAUUGCAGUCACGAUGAAAUCCUCCGUCGCCGAAGACGAGCCAGAUUUGUUGGUUUCGGGAGCUCCGGCCAAGUUCAAGGGUUACUUCCCAGGCUAUGCGGCCGACUCCCUUGCUGACGCCCAGCACUGGGCAUGGAUUAUUCUCAAGGCUCACAGCAGGAACAACGCCGGCACCGUUACUCUGAAGUCAACAGACCCUCGCGACAUGCCUCUGAUCAACUUCAACUACUACGACACGGGUGUGAACACCAGUAAUGCGGCAGAGAAGGAUCUGCAAGCCACGUACGAGGGCUUCCAAUUUGCUCGCAAGGCUUUCAAAGAUCUCAUUCCCCUGGACGGCAGCUUCCCCGAAGUCUGGCCCGGCACCAACGUCUCCAGCGAGGCCGACGUAAAGGAGUUCUUGAAGGACGAGACAUGGGGCCACCACGCAUCGUGCACUUGCCCCAUUGGUGCCGACGAUGACCCCAUGGCCGUUCUGGACAGCAAGUUCAGGGUUCGUGGAACAGAAGGAUUGCGAGUUGUUGACGCCAGUGUUUUCCCCAAGAUUCCUGGCUUUUACAUCGCCUUGCCUCUUUACAUUGUUUCUGAGAAGGCUAGUGAUGUGAUCAUCGAGGCGGCCAAGGCUUCUUAA